AUGCCACGCAGAUCAGGCAGAACAGCUGAAAGGCCGUGGCCAGUCGAGAAUGGACUUGUCUUGGCCGUGAAAAAAGACUGGCCAAAGAUCAAAGGCAGAGUCAAGGCCAUUCUUGACUCUUACGAAUCAACAAAAAAUGGGUACUGCAGUGUCCAGCUAUCAGUCCUCGUGUCGAAAAAACCGCUUCGCAGGUCCUACCGAGAUUACCUUGACACAACUUGUGAUCACCUGACAUCGCAUAUGUUGGCAUGGGGUUGCUGGGAAUUUGCACCCUAUGAUGGCUUCGAGACCACGUCCGAUAGCAUCAUCGUUCAGGAUUACGAGCAACAGCCCAGGGAAGCAUCACCGGCUCCAACACGGUUUGCGCUUGACUGA